AUUGUUAGGUUAGGUUUACAAUUCAAAAAACACAACAAACAACAAAAACAAAGUACCUACAAUUCAAAUUUGAAUACUUUUUAUCUUAUUUAUUCCUAAUUCAUUCAUUAUGAAUUAUGGGGCCGACAUUCAACUUUUUAAAACGAACGUUUGUCGGAGUCAUUUUUCUAUUGCUAUAUUGUGAAGUGUUGAUUUUUUAUUUUGUACAAAUGAAUUGUUCUUGGCCAUCUUUGGACCCAUCCAAAUCAGACGAAACAAUACCAUCAUCUACAGAAAAACCAUUGAAAAUCAUGGUCCUGGCAGACACCCAUCUUCUAGGCUCCAAAAGAGGCCACUGGCUUGAUAAACUACGCAGAGAAUGGCAAAUGUACAGAGCAUUCCAAACUGCCAUCACCCUACAUAAUCCCGAAUUGGUUUUCGUUUUGGGUGAUUUAAUGGACGAAGGGCAUAUUUGCAGUGAAAAGGAAUUUGAUUAUUAUAUUGAUAGGUUUUAUAAUUUGUUUAGUGUGCCUGAUGGGACAAAAAUGUAUGUGGUUGUUGGGAAUCAUGAUAUUGGAUUUCAUUAUAGAAUAAGUCCAUAUCUUCAAAAAAGAUUUGAAAAAGGCUUCAAAUCUCCACCGGUUCAGCUAGUUAGUUUAAGAGGCAAUCAUUUUGUUUUGGUUAAUAGUAUGGCGCUUGAGGGAGAUGGUUGUUUUUUGUGUCAACCUGCGGAAGUAGAGCUGAGAAAUAUUGAAAAGAUACUGAAAUGCUCGAAAAAUUCCACCAAAGGCUGCGAUCCAUCACUUACCCUUCCAAAAUACAGCAGACCAAUUUUAAUGCAGCAUUAUCCCUUAUACCGUGAAUCUGACAAAGAGUGUACCGAUUUUGAUGCCGCUCCUAUGCCAGAAAAAGAAGAACUUUUCCGAGAAAACUGGGAAUGUUUAAGCAAAGAAGCUACAUAUCAGAUUUUAAAACAGGUUCAACCUCGUUUGGCUUUAUCCGGACACACACAUCAUGGCUGUACUAGACAGCUUCCUAUUGGUGGGAUAGAAAUAACUAUUCCUAGUUUCAGUUGGCGUAACAAGAACAAUCCAAAUUAUGCCCUGGUAAGAAUUUCAACUGAUAAUUGCUUCUUUUUGGUUGCCAAGUGUUUAAAUUUGAUCAAAACAAAUAAUUUUUUCGUAGUUAGAUAAUUAAGCGGUUCAGGUCAAGAGAUAAGUGUAUUGUUCAAUUAUUAUGAUAAAAAGGUAUUACGAAAUUAGUAUGAAUUUUCAUUUCACACAAUUUUCAAUAAUGAUUGUUGGUUUUUGUUUUACAGGGUGUUUUCACUCCAAACAACUACGCUAUAAGUAAAUGCGAAAUGCCAAAGGAAUCAACUGUUUUUAAUUUGUAUAUUUUGGGAAUUAUUUUAAUUUUCCUAUGGUUGUUUUUGUUUAGAAAAUCUAGAAGAAUAAACAUUAAGCAUUAAAAUUGUUAUUAACUAUCUAA